UGGGCGGGGCCGUAACCGGGGAGCUGUUGUGGCUGCAGUGAGGAAAGUAACGGAAGAGCGGGCAGAGUGGAUUGUGCUGGCGGCUGCCGUCUGUCAUGGCUGCGGGUCGCUGAGGUUGUAUCGUGGACAGCUAUGAAGCAAACAUGACAAUGUGCAGCCCGCAUUGGUUCUAGGAUUGAAGAUGCCUACAGUAGAGAGUGAGGCAAAAGCGAGGACAAAGAGCCGUUUUGAUGAGGUCUUUCAGAGUUAUGCUGCUCUUUCAGAAGUGAAAAAAAAGACCAAAAAGAAGAAAGCACCUAAGGAAGAACAUGUUGUACUUGAAACAUUCAGAACCCAACUUCAUCCUGCCAAGGAUCGUAUUCAGGAAACAUUAGAAAGCAGUACAUAUGGUGUAGAAGAGGAAAGUCCAAGGGUUACAAAGAAAAAAAACAUAGGACAGCUGUGGGAAAGUGAAGAAAGAGGCAAUGACACCACUACAAAGCACACGCAUGCAAAAUCUGAAAAGAAGAAAAAAAAGAAAACUGGAGUGGCAGAAAAAAGCAACUUUAGUGAACAUCCCGUGAAAAACUUAGUACAGCAGCUCAAUCCUUGUAGCAUUUCAAAUCUUGAGGGACAGCAUUUCGAGCAUUCUGGGACAGCGGAUACCACAGGUGAACAACGAACUCCUACUGAUUAUGAAAACGAGAAAGAACUUUUUGAAGCCUACAGACUUCAAGUUUCUCAGGAGGAAACAAAUGAAAUCAAAGAAAAGAUAAAAAAGAAAUUAAGGGCUCAUCUCUUCAGCGGUGACGACCAACAGCACCUUCUGCUAGAAAAUGGAACUGACAAGAAAAAAAGGAGGAAAAAGAAAGAUAUGGUUGAAACAGAGCCAGAAACAAGUGUUAUGUCUGUUUCGGAGCUGCAAUCGGCAGAAAUACACGAUCAGGAGUCAGAGGCAGCUCCACAUAAUGCUGAUAUACAGGAAGAUGUUCCCAAAGUCAAAGGCAGGAAAUCGAAGAAAAAAUCUAAAACAGAUGAUAUAGAAAGACUUGACGCAGAAGAAGACGAUGCCAAGAAAAGGAACCCUAGACCCACGUAUGAUGACAGCCUGGUGUUGGGAGUUUAUAUUCAUCGCUCUGAUAAACUCAAAACUGAUCUCAUGGUAUCUCGGCCCUUGGUGAAGAUUCACGUUGUUGAUCAAAAAACAGGGGAAUAUGUCAAGAGGGAGACAAGCUCUGACACAGUUUCAUCGUUUUAUGACCAAGAAAGAAUUGAGUAUGUUCUCCCCGAGUUCACACAACCAUAUGAUUUCAAGCGGCUGAAGACAUUGAUUCCUGAGUGGGAUGAACAAAUCAUAUUCAUGGAGAAGUUCACACACUUUUUGCACAUUAAGGAAGAUGGCCCUAAUGUUAUCAUAUUCUUUGAGAUCCUUGAUUUGAUACAUGAAGAUAGUUUAAACCCCAACUCAGAGAUUGGAAUAAAGGAGAAAGGUUUCCAGAAAAUUGCCUGGGCUUUUCUAAAGAUUGUCGGUGCGAAUGAUGUGCUUAAUGUAGAUAAAAAAUUGCGCUUACAACUUUAUUACCCUCCAAGAUCUAGGGCAGCUUCCAGCACAAAUGUCUAUGAAUGGUGGCUUAAAUAUCCCAGAAACCGUUACCCAUCUACUCUGUAUGUAACAGUAAAAGGCCUAAAGCUGCCUGAUAAUGUAAACCCAAUGGCUGCCCAACUGGAAAACAAUAUCCUAACUUCUCAUUUGCACCAUGACGCUGCUCUGAAGGAAAAUAAUUCAGCUGAUGCAAAACAGAUGAGGGAGUCUUUCAGGUGGACUCGACUGCCUGGUCAGGCUUGUCGUAUUCCCAACAGACGUUUUUUGUCUUUUCGAGGUGGGCACAUGGGAUGUUUUUCACUAUGUUUUUCUAAUGUUGGUAGAACGUUGGCUGCAGCAUGUGCAGACAGAGAUGACUAUCCAAUAUACCUGUAUGAGAUUCCUUCUGGGCAGUAUCUCAGAGAGCUUCAUGGUCACCUUAAUGUUGUCUAUGAUCUUUGCUGGUCCAAAGACGAUGAUCAUUUGCUCUCUGCUUCAUCUGAUGGUACAGCCAGGCUAUGGAGAAUUGCAAAUGAGAUUUCAUCUCCUUUAAAAGUUUUACCGCACCCUUCCUUUGUAUACACAGCUAAGUUCCACCCCAUGUCUGAUCAUCUGGUUGUGACUGGAUGCUACGAUGCAGUCAUUAGAGUAUGGAAUGUAAAAGUUAAAGAGAUCAACGCUCAACUCCUACAAGAGUUGGAUGGUCAUAAAAGUUUUAUCAACUCGCUGUGUUUUGACGCGGAAGGACUUCACAUGUUUUCUGGAGACAGCUCUGGACUGAUUAUCAUGUGGAAUACAGGCAUCAGCAGAAGUUCCCAAAAGAACCCAGUUGAACUCUGGAGUAUUUUGAAGGAAAUAAAAGAAAGUGACAUGAAAGGAAUUGCUGUGAAUCACUUAGAAGUUCAUCCAAAUGGAAGGCGCCUGUUGAUUCAUACAAAAGACAGUACAGUCCGAAUCAUGGAUCUUAGAAUACUGGCUGCAAAGAAAUAUAUUGGAGCCACAAAUUACAGGGAAAAACUUCGCAGUGCCUUAACACCUUGUGGAACAUUUGUCAUAGCAGGUAGUGAAGAUGGGGUUGCAUAUGUGUGGAAUGCGGAAACAGGAGACCAGGUAGCAAAGUAUACAGCGCUGUCAUAUACAGCCCCACUUCGAGAUGUGGCCUUUCACCCUCAUGAACACAUGGUGGCAUUUUGUGCCUUUGGACCAAGCCAACCAAUCAUUGUAUACAUUUAUGACUACAAGGUUGCCCAACUUGAAGCUGAAUCAGUGCAGGCAAGCAGUGAUGCAAAUGGACAAAGUAGUUCAGAUCUUCUUACGUUUCAAGACUCUGUAAUUGCUGCAAAGUCCUCUAUGCGAAUGAUGAAGGUGAAGCAGAAAUUGGAUUCUGUUUUGAGUGGAUCCAGUGGCUUGCUACCGGCCCCUUCUUUGUUGUCCCCUCAUUCUAAACUCAGACUUAUUGGAACAUCCAGCACACAGUUGCAGCCCCUUGGUUCCAAUACAUAUGGUGGUUUCAGCCCAGUCGGACAGUCACUUAGUCGCACACCAUCAAUCAAGCUGCAAAUGAGUGAUUUGGAAGCAAAGGUUUCUUCCUUGAAAAUAGAAGCUGACAGUAUUCUACCAAUCCAGGAGACAGUGGUGGCUCUAUACGACUACACUGCGCAUCGAUCAGAUGAGCUAAGCAUCCAUCGUAGUGACAUUAUCCAUGUGUUGUACAAAGAUAAUGACAAUUGGUGGUUUGGCAGUCUACAGAAUGGACAACAGGGUUACUUUCCAGCAAACUAUGUGGCUGCUGAGAUCCAGCAUGAGUAUGACCACUCUACAGCAUCCAAAUCACAUUAUCCUGUUUCCCAGGAACAUUCACAAGCAGACCACCCUGACUAUACUCCUGGCAUGAUGUCAGCAGUCCCCAGCAAGUCAAAGGAUCUGAAAUUUAUGUCACAUCGUGACACAGAUGUAGGCUCACCUGUGACACCUGGAAAGAGACAGAAAAUACAGCAGAAGAGACAAUCUCCUGACUUUACUUCACAGCCUGUGAAUCUACUUACAACAUUCUCCCCAUCUGUAGUUUCUGACAUGAAUGAUCGUGGUCAACCAAGGCAAGAGAGUAGUGUUAAGACAAAAAAGAAGAAAAGCGUGAAACAAAUCACCUUGGUUGGGAAGACAAAUAUUGCAUUUCAGCCGGAUGAGUAAUAUGAAGGUUGAGAAAGUGCAGUAAAGUUUAGGAAAUAUUAGAUUAUAUUAUUUUUGCUCAUUUUUAUAAUGAACAAUAAAUAUGUGCUGAAUUGACACGGUAAGAGCAAUCCCAAAAACAUGACUUGGGGAGUGGUACUCAUUAACAACAUGGCAAACUUAUUUACUGCACCAAGCUAUGCCAACUACUUAAAAGUAUAUUAAAUGGUCCAAGAACAGCACCAGAGACUGGCGCACACUUCAUCUUUUAGCAAUAGACUCACCUUUCUAAAUCUCUGGAAAGUCUUGGACUAUUGUCGGUUGAUGUAAGACACUAAUUACUAUAGGAAGUAUCAAAAUAAGCCAAUACGGAGGACUAGCAUUGCUUGUGCAUCAUAUGUUUACCUAUAAUACCAAUAGUUUUACCACUUUAUCUGCUUUCCUAGGAUUCUGCCAUUUACAGAGACCGAUCUAGAUCAUAGGUAGAUUAAAGGUGUUCUUAUGAACAAAUAAUUCACAUUAUCCAUGGUGCAUAUAUGAGUCACCUGACCAUGUUUUCUCCUGCACAAUUGGCUGUUUUACUAAUCUACCAGCUACGUAGCCCCCCAGCUCCCCUUUCAAAUACUGACCAGAAAGUUUAUCAGAGACAUUAUCUCACACAUGAAAGCGCUGAAGAAGGGAAAUUGUACAUACAUUUUUUUGGAAGAAUAAUUUAUGAUUAAAGAGACCCAGCUGGUAUGGGGGGAGGGGGUUCUCAUUGAAAAGAUCCAGGUGGGGUAUGGAAAUUUAAAUACAGACAAUACUACAUGGGAUUAUUAUGUACAUUAGCUCUCCUCCAGGCAAUACUGCAUGGGAAAAGUAUGCAAAUUACCUCUCCUCCAGAUGAAGGGAGUUUAUCUCAUAAUAGCCAAAUCAGAGCUGCCUCUACAGGCAAGAGGCGCCCUGUUGUAGACCGAGGUUUUGGGGCUCUUUCCCCUCAUCAGUACAGAGCAGGGUACUGGUUGGCAGUACAAACUUCAAGUAGAAUAAAGCCUUAUGUGUUUAAAGAGCAUUUGUCAACAUGAUGAAUCCUAUUUAACCAGGCAUAUUACCUGAUAGUAAAAUGAUACAUUUAUUUUCUCUGUUGGGUCAAUAGUUGCAGAGACAUAUAGCAUUUUAUGUUUGUGAAAAUGACCUAUUUGGAGCACAAGGAGCAUACCACAGCGCUAAAAGCAAUGCUAGUGCAACGCCCCUAUGGUCACUGCCCUUUGACAUCUAGCCCUGUGUAUUUGCAUGAGAGCCGAGUUAGCUCAAUGAACUUGUGCUUGUGCAGUGGCUUAGAUUAUUACAUUUAAGCACAUUACCUAUUUAGAGAACCAAGGGGCUGGCCUUAGUGCUAGGAGCACUGCUAGUGCAAUGCCACUGUGCUCUCUCUACUCUCUGCUGCUUCUUGAGCUUGGGAAGCAGUAGAAUAUCCACUGUGCAAGCACCAAGUCAUCAGUGAUUGUGAAGUGAUCAAUGAUUGUUCAACUUGGAAAGCAGUGCUCAUCAGAUCCACUGCACAGGCGCAGAGCCACUGAGCCGACUCAGCACUUGUGACACAUAUCUUUUGCUGCUUCCCAAGCUCGGGAAGCAGCAUCUGCUCUUGUGCAAAAACACAGGACUAGAUGAGAGGUCAAGCCCGUUUAAUCGAAGGGCAGAGGUAGUACAGAGAACACAGAGGUGAUGCCCUAGCAGUGCUCCUAGCACUACAGCCAGCCCUUUGAUGCUUCAAAUAUGUUAUAUAUUUGCAUACACUUAAAAACUUAUAUAUCUCUGUAACUAUCGACCCUACAGAAAAAUAGAAAUAUAUCAUUUUACUCAGCGUGAUCAACCCUACCAGACAUUGUGCCUGGUUUAAUAGGGUUGAUCGUGCUGACAGAUGCUCUUUAAUAAUAUCUUGUAAAAGCAAUCUUUUAGCUACAAAUUUUAAUUUUAAUUUCAGAUCCAUUGUGGCCAAGGUCAGAAAUGCUCAAUUGGUACAUGGCACUCUCCUGUUACCGUAUUAUUUUUAAUUCAAACACUCCAGUUUUACAUCAGCAGUUUUAAGUAGUAGACUGAUCACUUAGGCUAUGUUCACACAGGCAAAAACUGCAGUGCAGUGCAAAAGCAGAUUUUCAUUUUGGUCUACCAAUGAUUUUCUCCUCCAUUUUUUUGCCAUGUGAACAUAGCCUAAGAACCCAACUGCUAUUUCUCUGUCAUAAAAUCUACAUUUUAAUAUGUAGCAAAGCUAUAUGUGUAUAUACAUAUGAUAGCAAAUGUAUAUUUUGUGAAUUACUUUGUGUUAAAAGUACUUGUAAAUUGUAAAUAAUUUUCUCACGGAAAUUAACAAAAAUGCACUUUAUUUUACCAUUAAUGUACAUUACAAUUAAAUUAUAUAUUUAUACCUUUUUGAUGAAGAAUAGCUUUUAAUGAAGGAAUGUGGUGAUGUGAAAUUGUUUUACUAUGUUAAAGAACACAAAAAAAAUGAAUGGAUGUGUUCACAG